AUGUCAUCAUCUUCUACCUUCAAACUUUUUUUAUUAUCAUUCAUUCUUUGCAUUCUCUUCCAAGAACACACUCAUGCACUUACAAAGACAUAUAUUGUAUACUUGGGAGGACAUUCUCAUGGUCCAAAUCCUUCUCUUGAUGAUCUUGAUUCAGCCACAAAUUCACAUUAUGACUUACUUGCUUCAAUCUUAGGAAGCCAUGAGAAGGCAAAGGAAGCAGUUAUGUAUUCAUACAAUAAGCAUAUAAAUGGAUUUGCUGCAUUACUUGAAGAUGAAGAGGCAUCAAAGAUUGAAAAGAACUCCAAUGUAGUUUCUGUUUUCUUGAGCAAAGAAUAUAAGUUGCAUACUACAAGAUCAUGGGAUUUUCUUGGAUUGGAAAAAGAUGGAGGAAUUUCUCUUGAUUCUGCUUGGUGGACGGCAAGAUUUGGUGAAGAUUCAAUCAUUGCUAAUUUAGAUUCUGGUGUUUGGCCAGAACAUGUGAGCUUCAGCGGUACCGGCUACGGUCCAGUGCCAUCAAAGUGGCGUGGGAAUGGGGUCUGUGAGAUUGAUCAUUUUAUUACUUCUUCAAAUGCAACAACAUUCUGCAAUAGAAAGCUAAUUGGAGCAAGAAUAUUCAGCAAAAACUACGAAGCAAGAUAUGGAAAUCUGAACCCUGCAAACCUCACAGCACGUGACUUCAUUGGCCAUGGAACACACACCUUAUCAACAGCAGCAGGAUGUCAAGAAGCUGAUAUUCUAGAAGCAUUUGAUCAUGCUAUAAAUGACGGUGUUGAUGUGAUUUCAACUUCUUUGGGUGGUUCUAAUCCUUAUGUUGAAGCUUUGUUCACGGAUGGGAUUUCGAUUGGGUCGUUUCAUGCUGUUGCGAAGAAUGUUGUUGUUGUUUGUUCUGCGGGGAAUGAUGGACCUGGUCCGAGAACUGUUACCAAUGUUGCUCCUUGGUCUUUUACUGUUGCGGCUAGUACCAUUGAUAGGGAGUUUGUUAGCCAGAUUUCUAUUGGAGGCAAACAUUAUAUUAAGGGUGCAAGUCUUAGUAAAGGCUUACCAUCAGGUCCAUCACAGAAAAUAUAUCCAAUGAUUCAUUCCAUCGAUGCUAGAUUUCUUAAUGCAACAAUUCAAGAUGCUCGUUAUUGCAAGCCUAAAACACUUGAUCCUACCAAAGUAAAGGGAAAGAUAUUAGUCUGCACUCGACUCGACGAAACAACAUCUAUUGCUCAAGGCUUUGAAGCUGCUCUUGCAGGGGCAAUAGCUAUUUUUGUGAUCAAUGAUGAGAAAAGUGGAAGUAUACUUCUAGCUGAGCCUCAUCCUUUACCUGGUGCAAGUAUGGACGCUAAUCAGGAUGACGAUAUUGAUCAACGCGAAUGGUUUGGAAAAGGUGGUACAGACAAUAACGGUACCAGGAGAAUGCUUGCUUACAUGUCGACUUCAACAACGUAUACUGGAUUAAAGCCAGCUCCGGUUAUGGCUGGAUUUUCAUCUAGGGGUCCUAGUGCAGUUCAGCCAUUGAUACUCAAGCCUGACAUAACAGCUCCUGGAGUGAACAUACUAGCUGCAUAUUCACUAGGCGUUAGUCCAUCUAAUCUACCGUCCGAUCCACGUCGAAUUCCUUACAAUCUGCAACAAGGAACCUCAAUGGCUUGUCCUCAUGUUGCUGGAAUUGUUGGUCUUCUCAAAACACUUCAUCCUAGUUGGAGUUCAGCCGCCAUCAAAUCAGCCAUCAUGACUACAGCUACCACGCUAGAUAACACCAAUCAACCAAUCCGUGACGCGUUCGAUAAGAUAUCAACUCCAUUCGAAUAUGGUUCUGGACAUAUUCAACCUAACCUCGCAAUGGAUCCUGGUCUUGUUUAUGAUCUGAACACAACAGAUUACUUAAACUUCAUAUGUACUUCUACUCACAAUCAAAAUUUGCUAAAGUUCUUUAACAAAACCUCGUUCACUUGUCCUGAAUAUUACAACAUUGAAGAUCUUAACUAUCCUUCAAUCACCGUAUAUAAUCGAGGGUUAAACACUAUAAACAUCACUCGUACCGUUACGAAUGUUGGUCCUCCAAGCACAUAUGUUGCUCAAGUUCAACAUCCAGAAGAGGUUAAGGUUAAUGUUCAACCAAGUCCUUUAACUUUUACAGAAAUUGGAGAAAAGAAAACAUUUCAGGUGAUUCUGGAAGUAACAGGUGUGCCUCCUAGUGGUUUUCCGGUGUUUGGGAACUUGAGAUGGACAAAUGGCAACCACAUAGUGAGUAGUCCUAUUGUGAUUCUGUAA